GAGAGAGAGAGAGAGAAAGAGAGGGAGAAACAUCAAGACUACUUCUUUGAAUCUUUUUGUCUUAUGGAACAGACAGCUUGAUGUUUUUCUGUAACUUGUAGUGGAGACAUUCACAAAUUGUGCCUUAGAGCAGAAAGCUCAAGAAAGACGGUUACAACAAACAGAAGUCGUCUCAAGAAAACGAACAGCAUGGGUGUUCGGGCUGCGAUUGCUGUCCUCCUCCUGUUCAUAGCUCCCGUGAAGGCUGAUCCUGUAACAUUCUCUGGGAAAAAAGUCACACUGACCUGUCCAGAAAACGGAACCAGCUGGUACGAAAAAGGCGAAAAAAGACCGGAAACAGGAAAAGAAUUGAAAAUACAAUAUGAAAAUGACAAGAAAGGCAUUUAUCACUGUGAUUACGAUGAGACAGUCACAGGCACAAAACAACAUUAUUAUUUCUAUGUGCAAGGAAAAGCGUGUGAAAACUGUUUUGAGCUGGAUGGGCUUUUGCUUUUGCUGGUUAUCAUUGUGGACGUGUUCGUGACGGGAUUUUUGAUGGCCAUCAUCUAUAGGUGCACCAAGAAGAGGGGCUCAGCUGGACCCGUUCACACUUCCAGGGGACCUGCUCGUUCAGUGGCCCGGGGUCCACCUGUGCCAUCUCCUGACUAUGAGAGCCUGAACCCUCACACGCUCUCCCAGGAUACUUACUCCGCCAUGAACAAGAUGAGCUAGAGGGAAGUUACCUGACUGUGCCAGAGUACUGGUUCAGAGGCUGCGAGGAUGGAGGCAAAUAUUGACGACAUACAUGAACAGUGAUCAUUCUCCCAGUAGCGUGUAAGAACUUCCUUUUUUGCUCUUUUGACUUUACAGGGUCUUUUAACCCAAAUGGCACAGCAAAGACACAUUUUCUCACUUACCCCCAGAAUUACAUCACCAGUGGUAAUUGUUUAAUUUGUCCAAGUACAACAGAGAUGAAUGGCCUUUAGUUUGUAGUUCUCAAAGGACUUAAAAAUUAUAUUCCAAAAACUACUUAGGGACUACUCUCUUCUGAACAAUAGUCUCCACAAAAACUGUUUGGCAACAGGGACAUUGUUUCUGUAUGUUGCUGCAACCAAAUUCCAAAUCUCAGAAACAGGUUUUAUUGGCUUAGUGAGUUAGCACACACAAGGAAUUUGUUUCUUCAUGUGUAGAAUGGAUGUGAUAUAUGAGUGUCUGCAUAUUAUGGAAUAAUAAAUCUUUCUGGGUUUGUGAAAUUUGGAGAAAAAUUGUCUGGAGUAAACUGCUGUUGGACACUUCUUCUCUACUGAAAGUGAUCGUGCUUGUGAAGCAAAACACACAGAAUGAACGAGAACAAAGAAAGUGUAGAGCGCAGUAACAAGGCUGCCAUUUGCGGCGCCAUCUUGUCAUAAGUUUCCUGAGGGUACUUCUGCAGUUAGCAGCAGAUGAGAGAAAAGAUUGUGUAGCCUGGCUAAUUUAGAUUAUGAUUUGUGUGCAGCCAGAUAUCUCACAAAGAGGUAUCUGGACAAACAAAAUCAAAUACUGCAAGGAUUACAGAUUACUGAUUAGUAAGGAUUACGCAUUACUGAUCGGUGCAUCGGACUGUACUUUAAUCUACCUUAAUUGUAUGCCUAUUUUAUUAUACCAUUCAAACGGCCACUGUUGAUGGUAGUUUUUUCCAGUUCCUCCUUGCCAAUGACAGUCUUUCUGAUUGUAACUAAGUACUGAUUGUAACUGAGUACUAAUUUAAGUUUAUAAGCCCAUCUCUCACAAUAAUCAACCCUCAUAUGAAAUCCUUAGAGAAAACUUCGCACAAGUCAUGACAAAGUUUUAUGGCUUGCCUUAAGCUCCCAAACGCACUGCACAGAGCUGUGUUUAUGUCAUUGUCCAUUCUGAGGAAUCAUACGAAAUUGUUUUUUCAUGAUAAAUUAUCGCAUUAUUUCAAGAAAGCUGUCUUUUGUUUGUUACAAGAUAAUGAGAUAAAUGAACCGAUUACCACAAGAAAACAUGCAUUUAUUAUCUUGAGAUAACAAAUUAAAGAACUUGUGGUCUCUAGAUAACGAUAUUUUUAAAAAAUAUUGCCAGCUCAGCCAUUCGGCUUCCAUAGAAACCAUUAGAAGUGAGUGAAAAAAUGUUUCAGUGUUUAUUUUAUUAACAUUUAGUGUUUAUUUUAGCUCAGUUGCCACUGUACAGUCUAAUGCAGUCCAAUACAACUGUUCUCCCACAAAGUCCAUGAUGCUUAUAAUGUCCAAGUUGUUUAACAUUAUCAUAGUGGUGAUAAAUAAAUAUGUUUUAGCACUGAGGUCCUGGCUAGUGGUGGUGUUGUCCUGUACAUAGACAGGCAUUUGUCUUUCAUAUUUACAGCAUUUCAAAACACCUCUUAGACUGUACCGACCCUUUAAUACAAAAAGUUAGCAGACUAUUGUAUAUUUUACAGUGAUGUCAGGAAUAAAAAUCCUAACUUGUAUUUUCUGUUUUCUGUACAUAUAUUGGGUGUUAAUGUAAGUGCUGACCUAUCACAUUGUAUAAAGGUCGGUUCAUUUUUGUCAGACAUGUAAAACGUUACUGUUCAUCAAUUUGCUUACUGUUUUCUUUUAAAUCUUCCUGUUCCUGUAAGGGGUGCAACAUGUGUCACUAAUAAAUGAACCACAGUCA